AUAACCGCGUUUGCAAAUAUAAUAUGUGAAUGAACACACGUAUAUCGUGUUGUGUGUAACUCUGUUCGUGGUGUAUAUGUUUUCCCCGUGCAUUUCGCAAGGAAGUACGCGCACACAACCUAUUUGGGAAGAUUUCAUCAGUCCGAGUCGUUGUUGUCUGGGACAUAUGGCAACAUGGUGAUCUCUUAUCUCCUUACAACGUCCUAGAGGUGUAAGACUCACUCUAGCUACAAUGUCUAGAUCAAGGGAAGAACGUCAACGUGAUAUAGAGGAUGGCUUGAACCGCUUGAGGUUCCAUCCUGACCGUAUUCCUAUCGGAUAUGAGGCGAAGACAACAAUCCGUGAGGUACAGAGACUGAUGAAAGAUGAGGCGACCGAUCUCAUGGCAGAGGGUGAUUAUCAGGCAGCCGGCUCCACAAUCAUGGAUGCUAACAAAUUGAAAGACUAUUUGCUUCUGUCUGGAUAUUCAUGCUCAACCACACUGGACAAGAGCAUCUACAUAAUCCUAUCAGAAUGCACUCGCAAACUGGGCUUUCCUGAGGCUGCCCUACAAGACAGCGAAAAGGCUUUGCUAAUCGAUCCAAACUGUGAGCGGGCACGGAUGCAGCAAUUGCUGGCACGGUACGAGAUCGCUGAGAAGGAGUGGAUUAACACCAACAAGUGGCACUUUAUAAUUGGCUUUGAAUCUCUCCUGUCUGAAUAUCCAGAAAGGAUUCUUCUGGACCCCCGGGUUCAAGAAAUAAUUGCUAAUGUAAACAGGGUUUUGGACCCUCAUAAAGAGUAUGACCAUAUGAGACGUCGGCCCAAAUUUGGAAGCACCCAGAAUGGCGAGGCAGCAGGAGCCGUGGCUAUGGAAUGGUUGCCGGAUCACGUCAAGGCAAACAAGAAGAACAACCAGAAAGCAAAAGCCAACACAAAGAGUAAGAAGAAGAAUAAGACCAAGCAGCUUGUCAAGGAGGAGUCAUCCGAGGAGGAGGAAGAGGAGGAUGACACUUGUGAUGAAAUCUAUGAAAGUGAUGCAUCCAGCAUUUCACCUAGAGGAGCACAGUCUGAUAGUCCUGUCAGCCAGGGUACCACUGCUGCCAAGUCUUCAAGUUCGUAUGGCCUGGAUGACUUUGGUCCAAUUCAUUUGCCACAUAGCAAUCUGAACAAUGGUGCAAUUCCCAAAGUUGUAUCUAGUAAACCAACCAAGAAAGAGGCCGCACCUGAACCCCCUGGAAAUAGAAUCUCCAAUGCUUCACUUCCAACUGGAACACCAACAGCCGGUAUUGAUUACGCCUCCUUGUACUGCAAGAUAUGCAAGGUGCAAUCCAAUGCCCAGAAGCAGCUCCUUCAGCACCUGUCUGGCACUAAGCAUAUUGCUAAGCAAGCAGAGUACAUGAAGAACCUGGGGGGUCAAUCUGCCGGGAAUCAACUUGGACCUGGGCAGUCAGCACCCACCCAGCAUGCAUCUGCCCAACCUCAGAAGUUCAGCAUGCCAACCAAAAACGCAAGCUAUGCCUCACAAGCUAACCCAGGUCCGGGUCCAACGAUGCAGCAGUCUGCCAAGCCGAUGAUGGCUGCCAGUAAUGCCGCCACUGUUGGCCCUCCGCCGGUGAUUUCCCAGGAAAGCAUGCACUGGCUGAAAAAGCUCCUGCUCAGACUUGCUUGUGAAAAGUGCUACCUAACUGUUGCCGGGAAGUACGGUUACCAGGCGCACAGGUACCAGCCACACAGUUCUCAUCAUUGCUUCGGUGGGUGGUUGGUGUGCAGGCUAGGCAGCGUGUCUACUCCUUCUAAUGAGAUUUGGGGGAAGAUCCGUCGCAGAACCAAGCCAGAUUUCCUGGGUCCAUACACCCUGUGUGAACAGUUCAACACUGGCGUGCCAUGCAAAGUUGGUGAGGAAUCCUGCUGGUUCUGCCACAGUCGGGAGGAAGUGAUGAUAUGGGAUGCUGACCGUGCAGGCCACUUCAAUGGCAAGGAGAUUGUCACGUACCUUCGAUACUCCCAGGGAAUCGGGGUGAAGCAGCUCAAAGAGGAGCCUAGUCGGGAACAAGGUGGCUUCCAAGUGGUGUCGCAUCAUACUCCCAACAGAGCCAAGGGGAUGCAGCCUCGGCCUGAGAUCGGCAGGAGCGCUAGCAAGAUGGCCGCCAUCGCCGUCCCGAAUGCUGCUAAAGCGGUCCUGCCGGAACAAGCCAAGAAGCCUCCCUUGAUCAGAGACAGAAAGUCGCACCUGGAGCUCAUGUCAAGGGUCAGGGGUCACUUCCUGUACUUAUGUGGGAGUUGUUUUGAUGGAGCGCCGCAGGUCAUGGCUUUAAAGAGCCCCACUAGGCCAAUGUGCAGCAAUGAGGAUAGCCAACAUCCAUGGGAGCUGAGCAAAGCCUUGGUCCAUGUCUUGAAUGAGGGACGUAGGACCAGGUACCAGAAGGUCCGGCCUAAGCCCAAGGGGAUACCGGCCAGGGCUUACCUGUGCAACAACCUCCAGAGACGCUUUGGAUGUCGGUUUGGAGAUCUCUGCAAGUUUGCUCAUAAUCUGGUUGAAAUAGAGGUCUGGGAAUUUGAGGUUCUGUACUCACUGGUGCGUGACACCAUAGUUCAACUGUGCUCAGAAGCAGUCUCUCGCCCCCCACCAUCACCGUCAGGCCCCGCCCCUGCUGCUACUGCCGCCAGGACUCCAGCCCCGUCUGCCAGUCAACCCCUACCGACCCCAGCGAUAUCCCAGGCCAUACCCAAAUUCUUCCACGACAUCAGAUACGUGUGCGGGAUGUGCUUCCCGCGGAAUAACCAGUGCGUCGGCCAGAACCCUCGCAAGCCUGCAUACUGUGCUGGAAGCAACCCGCAUCCGUGGCAGCACAAGAUGGUGGUUGUGUUCACAGCAUCCAAGAAGAAGUAUUGCCCUGUCAAGCCUCGUCAUCCCAACCUACGACGGGAGAUUCAUCCGAAACUGUGCCGACACCUUGACAAGUGCCGUCGAGCAGAAUGUAUGUUUCCUCACUUUGAUGAGGAAGGCGCACUCUGGAAAUACAUGGCUACGUACAAUCUGAAGACACUUGAUGAAGUGAUGUUGAUUGUGCAGAGAUCCUCAGCAGCAAGCUCCAACAGCUCGGCAGCGUCCAACGCUACGGCAGCAUCCAACGCUUCAUCAUCUUGCGACGCCGCAACCCCAUCCCAAGUGAUCCCGGGGCACUUCACGGUCCAGCGCUACUACUGCAGUUACUGUGACCGCGGCUUUGCUCAGAACUGGCAAUUGCAGCAGCACACCCAGACCAUCGAUCACAGGGCAAAGGUCAACUCCGACAAGGAGAGGCAGUGGAAGUACCGCAGCCCACCAUGGAGUGUUCUGAAUGGGGAGUACCGGGAAUGUGAACAGCACAAGAGGAAGGCGUGUGUCUUUACCAACUCCCCAGCCGACAAGAACAACUGUACCCAUGCUCACAGCUCUGAGGAACUGGAAGAAUGGCGUGAACGGCACCAAUACCGCAUGAUGAAAAUGAAGAAGGCUAAGGAUCAGAAGCUGUAUGCCUUCAUGGAUGAAGUCCUGGAGAAGUACAACUACUCAACCAAUGAAACGAGCGUGAUCAUUGAGGAGUUGCCAGGUAUCCACAUCCAGUGCCCUCAAGAUCUGAACAAGUUCCUUCACACUGAGAGAAAAGCAGAUACCACCUUCACAUUUACCUGGAAGUUCCUCAUCAAGUCCAAGAAGCAGCAAUCUCUGAAGCGAGUAGGCCUCCUGUAUGAUGACCACCGCCUGCACUUCUACCUGUCCAGUCCUAAAGGCGAGGACAAACCACAGGUCUGCCCUGGCAACCGCAUCACUGAAGGAGACGGGGAGACGUACCACAUUGAUGUCCUCUUCCACUCUAGGAUGCUGGGCAGCUUCAACCAGUGGGUGCUCUUUGACUUCGGGAGUGAACCUGUCCUUGUCCGCAAGUUGGAGAUCCAUGUGGGCUCAGAGCAACACUUUGAAACCUUCCAGAAGAUCCAGCAUAAGAAGCAAAUCCAGACCUGGGACAGCAGCAACAGUGAGAUCGUCAAGUUCCUAGAUGGGGCUCCCGUAGACCAAGAACAGACAGCCUUUGAGGAGAAACUCCUAGCUACCUACAAGCCUCCAACCUCGCUCAGCAUUGAUGAUAUCGAGUUGGGUAGACUGGACCGUGAUAACUACAAGCUUCACAUGCACAAGAUGCUACACCUGGAGGAAAGGGAACAGACCAAGCGCAUCGCUAGGUUCUCUAUUGAAACAACGCUGAACGCGGCAGCGAGCAUUGAAUUGGCAGGUCAGGGCUACCUUGUGUCUCAUGAUGGUCAGAUGUAUGCCAGCAUUAAUCUGAAGCAGGCCCUCAUGGACGAUUCAGAGGCUAGUCAGAUCAUCAUGAGGAGUGUGAAGAAAAUGCUGCUCAAAUUUGAUAAGACAAACAAGGUGUAUGAGGCAGCCAUCCUCCGUGAUCAGGAUUACGGAAGUCAAGCUCAGGACAACAUCAACCUGAAACUCAGUCCAGCUUGUGUCGGUGAACAAAAUCUGACAGAUGGUGCCACACGGACUGUCCAGGUUCAGUUCCAGUUGAACCGGCUUCCGUUCUGCCAUCAGCAUUACGCCGUUGAAGAGAUGCACAAUAUGGACAUGGUCUUCCCACCGCCCAACAAACCUCAACGGUUUCCCUUUAUCGAUGCCGAUCAUCUUCAGGAGACAAACUUCCGUCAAGAGCGUGCAGCAAGUUACAUCUGUAAGCAUGGUGGAAGCGACGCUAUGCCAAUGCAUGGCGUGGGACCGGUCUUGGUGUUUGGGCCGUUUGGAACUGGAAAGACCUACACUUUGGCAACGGCCGUCAGGAGAGCUGUGGUAACACGGCCAUUGUGCAGGAUCCUAAUAUGCACUCGGUCCAACAGUGCGGCUGACUGGUACAUCACAGAGCAUCUCCACAAAUUUGUGGAGCAGACAUGGAGCAAACACCACAUUCGCAUGCUCCGCAUCUACGCCACCUACCGCAAGAUCAGCUCCAUUGAUCCUAUCGUCCGACCCUACGUCCUGAUGGACGAGUCCGGCCAGAUACUACUUCCAGAUGCCAACAAGAUCCGACAGUACCACAUCGUCAUCACAACGGUGGCCACGUCUGGCAUCCUGGGAUUAGCCAACCUGCAGGGUCACUUCACUCACAUCUUGAUUGAUGAAGCUGGACAAACCUUGGAGACUGAAGUACUGCAACCGCUGACCCUGGCAACAGGAAACACAUGUGUUGUGCUGGCCGGAGACCACAUACAGAUGAGCCCUAAAGUCUUCUCCGACACAGCACGUGCUGCCAAAUUCAACAAGUCGUUACUGGAGCGACUCUUUCUGCUGCACAUCACAAACGUCGUCCUGACCUACAACUACCGUACCUGCGAGCAGAUUCUGAAGUUCAUCGCGGAGACCUACUACCAUCAGCAGUUCAAAGCCCUGGGUAACCAUCCAGUGCAUCCCGAUUUCUAUCCGCUGAGUUUCUGUGCGGUGAAGGGAGAAGACCAACACGUUGGAAUGUCCUACGUCAACAACCUGGAGGUUCUUGAGAUAGUUUUCCGUGCGGAAGAGCUGUGUCGCAAGUGGCCUGAGAAGUGGGGCAAGUUCAACAAAAACAGCAUAGGCAUCAUUUCCCCAUACUCCAUGCAGGUGCGUCAGAUUCGCUUUGAAAUGCGUCGAAGAGGCCUCGGGGACAUUGAUGUGGAAACAGUAGAGAAUGUGCAAGGAAAGCAGUUCCGUGCUCUUCUGAUCAGCACUGUUCGCACUCGUAGCACCCUGACACGAUCUCGCCUAACAGCAGCCUCUCAAGUUGGGUCCUCCAAUCAACAAGAUGAGGAGUUCUACUACGGGUUCUUGUCCGACCACAAGCUUCUCAACACAGCACUGACCCGGGCGCAGUCCCUUGUCAUUGUAGCUGGUGAUCCAAUCACUCUCUGCUCUGAGGGGCAGUGUGCCACUACCUGGAAGGCCUUCCUUAAAGACUGCGAGAAAAACAACAGCUUGCAGGGCACCACAAUGGAAGAAAUUCGUCAAGAGGUAGAGGCUGCCAAGCAUCGCCUGAAUCCCUUUGCUAAGUCUUUCCAGCCGUCAGCAUCUAGGAACCAAACAUCUCCUCCCAGGAAUGAGCCAGGUCAAGGCAAACAAGCAGGGAAUUGGCAAGAGGCAGGCCUUAUCAAGAUGCCAGCGGGACAAAAUCCUUGGAAGGUUCCACCAAAGAAUCCUAGUGCAGGAUCGAACUUGUCAGUCCCAGGAAUAACGAGGCAGAGCAGUGAUGAAUUUCCUGCACUCAGAUCUUCAAGUAUAAGUAACAGUAUGCCAGGCGACCAGGAUGGCCAGUCAGAUGAGAACUCAUGGUCGGCAGAUGAGGAAGACAUUGAUCUAGAAGAUGCCAUCUUGCAAGAGUUGCACAGACAAGUCCUGGAAGAUCGUGGAGAGCUGGAGGUAGCAGACCACGAUUCAGGCUUAGAUUCUGAGGCAGCUGUUGUUUCUGGAAGUGAAAAUGACAUUCAAGAGGUUGCACAGGAUGAGUUUAUGCUGAGGGCAAAACAUCAGCAGGAAACCAAACCUUUCAUGGACAGGGAUUCUAUGAUAGCCAGUCACCUACCGGUAUCUGAUGGUUCCACCAAACGCAAUAACCUCACUGAUAAAAUGAAUGCAUCUAGAAAAUUGCGUAAUGUCCGCAUGGUUGAAGGGAGAGGUCACAUCCUCCUGAUUGAGGAUAAACGUGACCGUUCACGUCUUGAAGGAGUUGACACCUUUGAAGAGUAUGAUUCAGAUGAAGAUGUAGAAGAGGAUGAAUUGGAUGAAACUGUGCAACAGGAAAAUCUAGAACGUGUUGGACAGGAGCCAGAUCGAUACAAAAUCUGCUCAUUUCAUUUUGAUUUGAGCGGACACACCUAUGCCCUACCAAAGGAUGAAGACUCCUCCUUGAAGAUCUUGAUCACCAGCAAGAGGAAGCGAGGCAAAGCUCUUAACCUGGAUGAAAUCAUCGUUGAAAUUCUUGAAGACAUAGACGAACUGGAGAAUGCCGUAGGAUAUGGAGCUCAAGAUACUGUUGAAGAAAAGAAGACCUAUGGAAAAGUCAUAUGCGUCCUGAAACGUGCAGUAAAUCCCUAUCUCAAGAAAAUUGUGUGCACCAUCGAUAGGUUUACAGAUAACCUGAUGGUUCCAAUUGACAGAAAAUUCCCAAAGAUCUUUGCCUACUCUCGUAAAGAUGAGGGACAGAAGCCAAAGACCAAGUCGAAGAAGAACCAAGUUCCAGAAGUCUCAAAGGUGUCUAUUUACAACAUCUGCAGGGCAUCUGACCAGGGCUUCCAGUUUCAGAGAAAUGUUGAAGUUUCUCGUAAGGACCGCCCAAACAAGCUGUUUGUGGUGCAGUAUCUGAAAUGGCAUGCAAAGACACCCUAUCCUGUGGGCAUCAUCACUGAGGAACUGCCACCUGGAGAUACCAAGGAAGAUGGGCUUCGCAUCCUCAAGCUUGUCCAUGGCAUCCGGGAGAGGUGGAAACACUCUAUCGUGGAUGAGAUUGCUGAUGCUUUCCCCGAAGACUGGGAGAUUCCAAAGGAAGUGAUCAAGUCUCGGUAUGAUGCCAGAAGUCGGGUUGUUUUCACCAUUGAUCCCCCAGAAUCCCAAGACCUGGACGAUGCUCUAAGUAUCGACAUGGUGGAAGAUAACUACUUCAUUGGCAUCCACAUCGCCGAUGUUAGUUACUUUGUCAAGAAGGGUUCAGCUUUGGAUGAUGAAGCAAAAGAAAGAGCAACCUCCUUCUAUCCUUCCUUUGCCAAGCCAGUCAACAUGCUGCCGCCGCAGUUGAGUAACAAGUUGUGCAGUUUGCUCCCCGAACAAGACAGGCUGACAAUCUCAGUCUUUGUCACCCUGGAUGAAAAUGGAGAAGUUGUUGGUAAUGUCAACAUUGUGCGGUCUGUGAUUCGAUCACGUAUCCAGCUUUCAUAUGAUGCUGCGGAGAAUAUUAUCAAGAUGACUGAUGAGACUGAGCAAAACAGUAAUGCUACCAUCCAGGAAAAGAUCAUGACAUUGAGCAAGCUUGCCAAGGAACGCAGGAGAAUUCGUCUUGGGGCAGGCCGCUUUGCUUUCUCUCAUGAUGCUGAAGAGGAGGAGGCCCCCCAUCCGCUGGCACAUUCUCUUGUUGAAGAAAUGAUGCUUCUUGCAAAUGAAGCUGUGGCACGCUUUCUGAUGAUGAAGUAUCCAAAGUGUACACCGCUACGGCGACAGCUACCUCCUGGUGAAGAGGAAGUCAAGAAAUGGUUUGACAAGCAUGGCAAAGAUGUUCCCAACAGUGUAGAUCUGCAGUCGAGACCUUCCCUGCAGGAGCUUGAAACAGAAGAAGAGAGUGAUGUUCAUGUCCUAAGAGAGACUUGGCACAAGCUGAAAGCUGCAGUGGAAGAUGAGGAACAAAAUGACUUGACAAGGAUCACAGACAUCAUCUGCAGUGAUGAGAAUCAUCCUCAGUUGGCUGUUGCUCUUUCCACCUUUUUUCGUAUCCAAGAACGAUCAGCUUACAUCAGCUCUGGAGACCACCCAAGUGAAGUUGCAAAGAGGCAUCAUACACUGGGCAUGCCAUCCUAUACUCAUUUCACAUCUCCAAUCCGCCGUUUUCUUGACCUAGUUGUGCAUCGCAUGUUGAUAGCUUCACUGGAGAACAUUCAAGCCCAAAAUGGAGACGGCUCAUUGGUGGCACCCUACACAUCUGCUGAGUUGGCCGAGAUCUGCCAUCACUGCACCAACCAAGCCAUUAAUUGCCAGGAUUUUGACAAAAAGACACAUGCCUUCCAGCUUGCCCUGAAGCUCAAGGAAGCCCCUGAACCGACUCUAGCAUUUGUGGUCAGCACCUCUGAUGCUGGCCUUGGAUUGCUGUUCCCUUACCGUCGUUUCAUUCCUUCUAGGUCACACAGUAUUCCUCUGCGACUCCUGAAACCAAUCCAAAAGCCAGUGAUAGAGGGAGAUGCCAGCUUGGAGCUGGUAUGGAAGCACCGAAUAUAUGACAUCAGUGGAACCCCAAGCCCAGUGCACGUACAGCCAAACUCCGAGUUCAGGCUUGACACAAGGAAGUUCAUCAUUCAGAUCUCUGCAAACCAGUGGCAGGAGAUCAUAACAGGGAUCAAGACAGAAGAUAUCUAUCAGAUCAGGACUGCUGUCAUGGUUGCAACAGAUGAACAAGAGCGCAGAGAACAAGAUGAAGAAGCAAGACGGAAACAGAAACGUAAUCCUGAUGUUCCCUACAACUUGCCCCUGAGAGAGGUGACCUGUGAGAGGUCAGAUCCCAAAAAACCAUCUCUCUUCAUUAACUUCAAGCGGAACUUUGAUCUUGGUGAUGUAGUUCAAGUCCAGCUUCAUGCUUCUACACAGAUGGGCUUGCUAGCACCAACAGUCCAGCUUUUUGGCCUCACGCCAAAGUUUCAUCUCUGCACAGAGCACCGUAAGGAGGCAAUCACAAGCUUUGCUGAAGUCGCAACACAUCGUCCAGUUGGUAUGAGGAAUAUCAGCUCUUACAAGAAAGUGUGGCUUCCCAUCAUUGAGAUGUUAACAGCUCAUAAUGCUGUCCAGAGCGAUGAGACCAUCAUCAUCCACAGUGUCAAGAUCCGCUGGGACCGUACAUUCAACCAAGACACAAACAGCUAUGACUACUCUGGAUUUUUUACUGUCCGGGAAGACUACUGCGAUGACCACCACAUCAGGUUCAGCCACCCUCCUAAGAUCAAUAAGAAUGAGAAAUCUGAAGCUUGUGAUGAUCCGGAGGCACACCUGGACUAUCUCUGCAUCCGCUAUGGUGGCCUGACAGUGACCAGUAAUACACAGCUCCGUCUCCGAGAGAUGGACUGCAAACCACGCGCGAUGCGGCCAACAUCCAACGUCCAUCCGGGCAAGAUGACCUUUGUGUUACAUGCUGCCACUGUUGAUGUGACCAAAGACAAAGGAAUGGUCGUGGUGCAGGUGACAGGGACACAGUUCUCGUCACCAUUUCCUGAUGUCCUGCUGUCAUCGGAUCCCCCAUCCUGCACUGUGGAGUUGGUGCCCAAAACGCAACCAGACAGGCGGCUUGAGAAUGCAGUGAGGAGGCUGGAUAGUGACCGAGUGUCACCCCUCAUCCGAGACAUCUGUCUGUUGCAGAAACCAAGAGCAAACCAAGAUGACCCCUUCAGCAAGUUACUGCCAGCCCUGUCGCAGAGGAUUCGCUCGUUUGAGAUUCCCAACUCACCCUUUGCCAAGCCCAAUGCCUCUCAGAGUGCAGCAUUGCGCCAGGCUGUAGCACAGCCAUUCACCGUCAUCCAGGGACCACCAGGCACAGGAAAGACCAUCACUGGUGCCCACCUGGCUCAUUUCUUCACUGUUAUGAACAAGGGACUACCACCAUCGGGCAAGGGACCACCUCAGGUUCUGUACUGCGGACCAUCUAACAAGUCUGUUGAUGUCAUAUCAACCUACCUCCAGAAGCUAAACGCUAAGGUCGUUCGUGUCUACAGCGAGACCAUCGAGAGGAAAGACUAUCCUAUCCCUGGUGAGCCAGGAAGCACACGCAAGACGGGCAACUCCAGAGAUGCCAGCAUGGACCCUCAGCUUAAGGGGAUCUCUCUCCAUCACCUCAUCCGUCAGAAGACCAACACUCGCUGCCAGAACAUCCUGAAAUGGGAGCAGAUGUUCCGCAGCGAGGGCUAUGUGCUCAAGACCAGUCAUGUCAAGGCCUACAAGCAUGAAAUCUCCAAAGCAGAGGAGGAAGAACUGAAGAAUUACCAGAUCAUUCUGUGUACAUGCAAUGCAGCGGGCAGCAAACGCAUCAAAGAGCACACUAACAUCGUCCAGUGUAUCAUUGAUGAGGCUGGUAUGUGCAACGAGCCGGAAACAUUGAUACCGCUAGUCAGCACCAACCCAUGCCAAGUGGUGCUGAUCGGGGACCAUAAACAACUCAGGCCCAUUAUUCAGGAGAAGACGGCUCAAAUUCUAGGCAUGGAGAUAUCACUGCUGGAGAAAUAUGAGAAGAAAGCCCACAUGCUGACCAUGCAGUACAGAAUGCACGAGGCCAUCUGCGACUUUCCUUCCCACGCCUUCUACGAUGGCAAACUGGAAACGGCGGAUAUUGUCAAACGUAGGCAGCCCCACCAGCAGGUGCAGGAUAUCUGGCCUGGGGGUAGGGCCUACCCCUUGGUCUUCUGUCACCUGUACGGUAAAGAAGAGACCCUGACAGUCAAGACGGCCGAGGGCAAUGAACAGUCCAAGUCCAACCCUCAGGAAGUCAAGCACGUGGUACGGAUGGCUACGUCCUUAGUGAGACGAUAUCAAAUCAAACCCGAGGAUAUCGUCAUCUUGUCACAGUACCGCCUCCAGUGUGCCGAGAUCGAAGACGUGUUGAAGAGACACGGCGUGAAAGGUGUGUCAGUCAGGACUGUCAUCACAAGCCAAGGAAGCGAGUGGGACUAUGUGAUCAUGUCUACAGUGCGUUCCUUGCCGCGCAUUGAGAUUGAGGAAAAGGCGAGCGUUGGCUGGAAACAGAAGAACCUUGGUUUCAUCAUCGAUGAAAAUCAGAUGAAUGUCGCCCUCUCUAGAGCCAAGCGAGGCCUCAUCGUCAUUGGCAACCAGUACCUACUCCAGACUCAUGAGAAGUGGAAAGAGUUGAUAGACACGUAUCGUCAACAUCAAGCAGUUGUGGAUGCUCGGAGUUUUUUGCUUUCUCGUUAACCAUCACAAAAUGUGAAAUAUAUGCUUGCUUACGGAGGAAUGAGCGAUGUUAAUCAACACGUUUGUCUUUGUGACUUGUUUUUCUGAAGUCUUUUAUUUCAUGAUCUCACUUGAUAUAAGUUCACUGAUUAUAAACUGUAUGCCUCAAAAAUGUGAUGCUUUACUCAGAUAUCUUUUACCCUGAGUCACUGACCUGAAUUUUUAUAUUUUAGCGACAUUCCAAGAGAAACAAAAAUGGCAUGGUUUAAUUAUAAUGCAGAUUGUAAAAUUUUGAUGAUAAGAUUUGCGAAGUCUGCAUGGAUCCAUGUAGCUUGUGCCUAACGUUGUAAGAAUUAUGCAUGUAUGCUUGUAUAUUCUGAAUACAGUACAGUGUUAUAAGGUAAUGGAUUGAUAUGAAUACUUGAAUUUUCAUAUAUAUUCUAAACUGAUCCGUAGAAUUGACAAAAACAAACUAAGGAUAUUUGUUUUGUUUAUUAAAGUAAGCAAAUUUAACGUAAGCGUAGAAUAUUUAAAUUCAGAAUGAGUUUUAAUUGCCAGCUUGAUUAUAGUAAACUUUAAUAUGUCUCUAAAUACAUGUUUAAUGUCAAAUUGAAGUACUUUGUGUAAGAUUUUUGUUGCUUCAUACUUUGCCUAGACUAUAUUUUUAUAUACACACAGAUGCAGUGUAGUCGCCUUGAAAUGGAGGAGAGUUUAAGAUGUAUGGUCAAAAGUCAAGAUUGCAUUCCAAUUUCUUUUUUCAUUUUGUAGCCACAGUGCCAAAACUUGAAAGACAUGUUAGAAAUUGCUGUGAUUAAAUCUGUACAUAACUCUUAAAUCUGAAAAUGGGUUCUACAAUCACUACAAUACAUGCUACAUACAAUUGCAAUGAUUUGAACAUUCCCAAUUGAAAAAAACCCAUAAGUCUACCUUAUCAAUUGUCACCAACAAAAGGGAUCAGAACCUUGUAUGGGUUUGACUAAGUUUUAUCUGAAAUAUGAAAAAUACAGACUCGGGGGAAACAAAGCAUUUUGUAAUCCUGGAAAUUGAGUAAUUACGCGGGUGUCCUGAAGAUUUCUUCAAUUGAUUUCAUUUGUAGAUUGUUCGGAGCAUCGCUAAAAGCAAUUUGACCGCCCAGGUUUUCUCACAAAAUAAAUACAACUUGGAAGUAGUAGUGGUAGUGAGCAUAAUGACAAUGCUCAGCUUGUUAAACAAGUUAAAUGUGUGUAAUGUAAAACAAGUUUUUUGAAAGAAAUAUCAAAUUAUUAUUUUUUGUAAUGAUGUUCACAAUAUUUUCUAUUGUAUACUGGAUAAAUGGGUCAAUCUCAAUGAAUAAAUAAAAUCAUCCUAAAACUUAG